AUGGGCUUACAUUCUCCGCCAUCGAGAUUUCACCGACUUGUACCUGAAAAUAUCGUCGACUCGUCCCCGUCUCUUGCUCAACUUCCAAGUCAACGGGCUUCACCUUCCGUCUGCGGAUUGGUUGUUUGUGGUGUAGAUAGGAAUCAUCCGUGGAUCUAUAACCCUAGCACAGGACAAUGCAUAGCUUUCCCCGAGACGACAUCACUAGGACCUAUUAAGAAUUUCUCUUUUGGAUAUGAUCCGAUUGACAAGCUAUAUAUGGUAUUGUGCAAGUCCACGGAUUGUCGAGUUUUGACAUUAGGAACAGGAGAACUAUCAUGGAGAGAAAUUGAAUGUUCCAUACCCCAUUUGUCUCCAUUUGAUGGUGAGAAAUGCAUCUAUGGGGUUGUGUAUUAUUUGGCUCGUUGCGAUGCCACUAGAUUUCAAAACUCUUACAAGCUAGUUUGCUUUGAUAUCCGUGGCGAAACUACAACGCUUGUGAUGUGGGUUCUAGAUGAUGUCCAGAAUGAGAAAUGGUCGAAGCAUAUCUACCAGUUUCCGUCCUUGUGGAAGAACCUAGUUGGGGAGAACGCCCUAAAAGUUGUAGGGAUGACUGGUACAUGUGAAAUUGUGUUCUCACCAUACAAUAUAUAUCAGGAUCCUUUCUACGUUAUCUAUUACAAUGUGGUGAAGAACUCUGUCAGAAGAGCUGAUAUCCAAUUAGGAGUUGUUCCUGACAACGGUCUGAUAUGGUGGGUACCUCUGUUGACCAUGUAG